AUGACUGCACCAUCUAUACGCUCGACGCAUACAGGUCAUACAGUAGCAACCACUGCCACCAGUAGUAAUAUUACUAGUAGUAGCAUGAUUCAACAGAGGAGAACUGACCCGCUCGUUUUUGGAGGUUCAGAUGCUCUAUGGGAUACAAUUAGCAAAGGACAAGGGGGAGAUGCUACAGUAGAGAAAAUAAUCAGUAACUUCUUACGUCGUGGAGGAUCGCCUAAUACAGCUAAGCAAUCACCUACCUCGAGCACUUAUCCCGCUGUCAAAUAUGGUUAUGGUAUGAUUCAUGCUCUUAUUGUCACUAAAGCCCCUAUUUCAUUGGAACUGCUCCUACAACAAGGAGCAAAUCCCGACGUUGUCAGCCUUGGACAAAGUGAAGAGGAUAAGGUAUCACCGUGUUAUCUUGCUGCUAGUGUAGGGUGGUUGACAGGACUUCAAAAACUAAUUGCUUUCGGUGGCGACUUAAUAUCUGCACGCGGAGCUGGCAGUCUAAAAAAGACAGCGCUUCAUGUCGCCGCUGAACAUGGACAUGCUGCUGUUACAGAAUAUAUUAUCAAUAUGACGCAAGGUGUUCUCAAUUUGGAGACGGAUAGUUUAGGAGCAACAGUUUUACAUUAUGCUUGUGUAUCAGGACAUACUGAUUUAGUAUCUUUCAUUAUCAACGUUUGUGAAGUGCCUCUAGAUCGAGCAGAUUGCAAAGGCGACUGGCCUAUUCAUUAUGCAGCACGACAUGGUAGAUUUGAAGUAGUCAUUCUAUUGGUAGAAAAAUACAGAUGUGAUAUUAAUGCUUAUACACCUACAAGCACAGGUACACCCUACGAUAUAGCUAAAUCAUGUGGACAUAAACGACUUGUAGAAUAUAUAAAAUCAAACGGUGGAGUAACAGCAAAGAAAAUGGAGAAACGAAGAGAGGAGGAAAUGUCACAGAAAAUACCCGCUCAUUUACAGUCAGCACUUGCAAAAAACGGCUUGAUGAGCAGCUUUUGA